AUGGUGAAAGCUUACCUAAGAUAUGAGCAAGCUUCUUCGUUCGGCGUGAUAACUUCAUUAGAUUCGAACAUUGCAUACGAUUCGACAGGGAAACAUAUCCUUGCUCCGGCACUGGAAACUGUCGGAAUCUGGCAUGUCCGACAAGGAAUCCGCACCAAUACCUUGACACCUUCCUCUUCUCGCACCGGACCGUCUCUUGCCGUUACCUCUAUCGCCUCCUCUGCUUCUACUUUGGUUGCGGUUGGGUAUGCGGAUGGGAGUUUAAGAAUAUGGGAUUGUGAGAAAGCAACCUGUGAGACCACUCUGAAUGGUCAUAAAGGUGCUGUGACUGCGCUGCGGUACAACAAGCUUGGAUCUAUGAUUGCAUCUGGAAGUAAAGACAACGAUGUUAUCUUGUGGGAUGUGGUUGGUGAAACAUCGCUUUUUCGUCUCCGUGGUCAUCGCGAUCAGGUCACAGAUCUUGUUUUCUUGGAUUCUGGUAAGAAACUUGUUACUUCGUCUAAGGACAAGUUCUUGAGAGUAUGGGAUCUUGAGACCCAACACUGUAUGCAAAUAGUUAGUGGUCAUCAUAGUGAAGUCUGGUCUGUGGAUGCUGAUCCAGAGGAAAGAUAUCUCGUUACUGGUUCUGCUGAUCCAGAACUUAGAUUUUACGCUGUUAAACAAAACAUGUCGCAUGGAUCAUUGGUGUCAGAUUCAAAUGGAAAUGGACUUGUUGCCAGCGGAGAUCAUUUGACCGAGAAUAAGUGGGAAGUUUUGAAACCGUUUGGGGAAAUCCAGAGACAGACCAAGGAUAGAGUUGCGUCUGUGAGAUACAGUAAUUCAGGAAGUCUGUUGGCUUGUCAAAUGGCAGGAAAAACAAUUGAAAUAUUCCGGGUAUUGGAUGAAACAGAGGCGAAGCGGAAAUCUAAACGUAGGCUUCGAAGGAAAGCGAAGAAAUCUUCCAAAGACGGGGAUGCAAGUAUGACCGGUAACGAAGAUGCAAGUAAUGAGGUCGAAGAAGCUGACAGUGUUCCUGUUCUUACUGUCCCUGACGUUUUUAAGCUGUUACAAGUCAUUAGAGCUGGCAGAAAAAUAAGCUCUUUCUCUUUCUGUCCCAUUACUCCAAAAGAUUCCUUGGCGGCAUUGGCUUUGUCUUUGAACAAUAACUCACUGGAGUUCUAUACACUAAAGAGCAGCGAAAAUGAGAAAACUGUUACCAUUGAACACCAAGGACAUCGAUCUGAUGUGAGGAGCGUAGCCCUCAGUGAUGACAACAACCUUUUGAUGUCAACCAGUCACAAUGAAGUGAAGAUUUGGAAUCCUAGUACCGGUUCCUGUCUCCGGACCAUUGGUUCAGGAUAUGGAGUCUCCAGUUUGAUUGUCCCUAAAAAUAAGUAUGGUAUUGUUGGAACUAAGAGUGGGGUACUCGAGAUCAUUGAUCUAGGGAGUGCUACCAAAGUGGAAGAUGUUGAAGCACAUGGUGGAACUAUCUGGUCGAUCGCACCCAUUCCAGACGACACUGGAUUCGUUACUGUGAGUGCAGAUCAUGAAGUCAAAUUCUGGGAAUACCAUGUCAAAAAGAAACGUGGCCAAGAGACCAAACAACUCACGGUUACAAAUGUGAGGUCUAUGAAGAUGAAUGAUGACGUACUUGCUGUUGCUAUCAGUCCUGAUGCUAAACAUAUUGCAGUUGCACUGCUAGAUUCCACGGUGAAGGUUUUCUAUAUGGAUUCCCUAAAAUUCUACCUCUCCUUAUAUGGCCACAAGUUGCCUGUCAUGUGCAUUGACAUUUCAUCCGAUGGAGAGUUGAUUGUAACUGGUUCUCAGGACAAAAAUUUGAAAAUUUGGGGUUUGGAUUUCGGUGAUUGUCACAAGUCCAUCUUUGCUCAUGAUGACAGUGUUAUGGGUGUGAAAUUUGUUCGCAAUACCCAUUACCUGUUCAGCAUUGGGAAAGACCGACUUGUGAAGUAUUGGGAUGCAGACAAGUUUGAGCUGCUGUUAACGCUUGGUGGGCAUCAUGCAGAGAUUUGGUGCUUUGCUGUCAGCAAUCGUGGUGAUUUCCUCGUCACAGGAUCUCAUGACAGGUCCAUGCGACGCUGGGAUCGCACUGAAGAACCUUUCUUCCUCGAGGAGGAAAAAGAGAAGAGGUUAGAAGAACUAUUUGAGUCUGAGAUCGAUAACGCAGUGGAGAACAGGCAUGGACCCCAAGAGGAAAUCCCAGAGGAAGGUGUUGCAGCUUUAGCUGGGAAGAAGACAGCAGAAACCCUAUCAGACACUGAUUCAAUUAUAGAUGCUCUGGAGGUAGCAGAAGAAGAAAAGAACCGUGUUGCUGCAUAUGAGGAGGAGAAAACAAAGGCAAAUGUUCCUAAUUUACUUCCAAAUGCUGUGAUGCUCGGGCUCUCUCCGUCUGAUUUUGUUCUCCGAGCCAUCUCAAAAGUGAGAACAAAUGAUCUCGAGCAGGCCUUACUGCCUCUACAGUUCUCAGAUGCGUUAAAGCUUUUUUCGUACAUGGAAAACUGGAGUUUGAUUCCUGAGAAGGUAGAACUAGUUUGCAGGAUUGCAACGUUUCUAUUACAGAUACAUCACAAUCAGUUGGUAACAACGCCAGCUGCACGACCAGUAUUAAGUAUUCUUAGGGAUAUUCUUCACACAAAAGUCAAGGAAUUCAAAGAUACAAUCGGUUUCAAUUUGGCUGCCAUGGAUCAUCUCAAGCAAUUGAUGGCAUCAAGAUCUGAUGCUCCUUUCAAAGAUGCCAAGGCGAAGCUAAUGGAGAUAAGAUCGCAGCAAGCGAAACGCGCUGCGGAACGGUUAAAGUUAAUCCAAAAUUUUGUUGUAGUGUUGUUACUAGAUUCAACUUUACUUAUGGCUUGUCUAGUUGGGACGAGGAGGAGGAACAUGAUGAUGGGUUUGUUCAUGUCUGGUUUAAUGGUUUCAGAAUCCAAUUUUCAAACAGCAUUUGCUUUAACUCCUUCAGUGUUCAGAGAGUACAUUGACACAUUUGAUGGAUACUCUUUUAAGUAUCCUCAAAAUUGGAUCCAAGUCCGAGGAGCUGGUGCUGAUAUAUUCUUUAGAGACCCUAUUGUCCUCGAUGAGAAUCUCUCGGUCGAGUUUUCUUCGCCUUCUUCGUCGAAAUAUACUUCACUUGAAGACUUAGGUUCCCCUGAAGAAGCAGGAAAGAAAGUACUUAGACAGUAUUUGACUGAGUUUAUGUCAACUAGACUCGGUGUUAGGCGCGAGUCCAACAUUCUAAAUACUUCCUCAAAAGUUGCAGAUGAUGGUAAACUCUAUUACCAAGUCGAGGUGAAUAUAAAGUCGUACGCAAACAACAACGAGCUCGCUGUGAUGCCGCAAGAUAGAGUAGCUCGUUUGGAAUGGGACAGGCGUUACCUUGCGGUUCUAGGAGUUGAGAACAAUAGACUCUAUUCAUUGAGACUCCAAACACCUGAGAAGGUUUUCCAGGAAGAGGAAAAAGAUCUAAGAAGAGUUAUGGAUUCGUUUCGGGUCGAAAAGAUUUAG